AUGGGUUGCUUAUGUUCCAAGAGUUCAGCUGUAGAAGAUAGCAAUGAAAGUACUUCAAAGAAGCUGCAAUCAAGUAGCACAAGAGCUUCAGAGUUGAAUGUUUUGAGAUUGAGUUCUUCCAAGAGGGUUGAAAGUGGAGGUGAUGUGAAAGUGAAAUCGAAUGGAUCAUUGCAGUUGUAUGAUGAUCAAAAUGGGAGGAAGAAGAAAAUUGAAAAGCAUGAAUUGACUGGUACUGAUCAUCCUGGAUUUGGAAGGGUUCCGAAGGCUAUAGAAGCCGAACAAGUUGCGGCUGGAUGGCCGGCCUGGCUUUCUUCUGUUGCUGGUGAGGCUAUCAAAGGAUGGAUACCGCGAAGUGCAACUACUUUCGAGAGGUUACAUAAAAUUGGACAAGGAACUUAUAGUACGGUUUAUAAGGCUCGUGAUGUAACUAAUCAGAAGAUUGUUGCGUUGAAGAGGGUGCGGUUUGAUAAUCUUGAUCCCGAGAGUGUCAAGUUUAUGGCAAGGGAGAUACAUAUUCUGCGUAGGCUCGACCAUCCAAACAUAAUAAAACUGGAGGGUUUGAUAACCUCGGAAACAUCUCGUAGUUUGUACCUUGUUUUUGAGUAUAUGGAACAUGACUUAACAGGACUUGCAGCAAAUCCUACCAUCAAAUUCUCCGAACCACAGCUGAAAUGCUACAUGCGUCAACUUCUUAGUGGACUGGAUCAUUGUCAUAGUCAUGGUGUCCUUCAUCGUGAUAUAAAGGGGUCAAAUCUUCUCAUUGACAACAAUGGUGUUUUAAAGAUUGCCGAUUUUGGUUUGGCAAAUGUUUUUGACUCCCAUCACAAUAUUCCAUUGACAAGCCGCGUUGUAACACUGUGGUACAGACCGCCCGAACUUUUACUCGGAGCAAAUCAUUAUGGGGUUGCAGUGGAUUUAUGGAGCACUGGUUGCAUUCUGGGGGAGCUGUAUACGGGCCGGCCCAUUUUGCCAGGAAAAACCGAGGUUGAGCAGUUGCAUCGGAUUUUUAAACUUUGCGGCUCACCGUCUGAGGACUAUUGGCUUAAGUUACGGUUGCCAAAUUCAACAGUAUUCAAGCCUCCACACCAUUAUAGGCGAUGCGUUACAGAUACGUUUAAGGAAUACUCAUCAACUGCCCUUAAGCUUAUAGAGACCCUACUAUCGGUAGAUCCGUCAAAUCGAGGGACAGCAGCAGCUGCUCUGAAAAGUGAGUUCUUCACAUCAGAACCUUUGCCUUGUGAUCCAUCAAGUUUACCAAAAUAUCCUCCUAGCAAAGAGAUUGAUGCUAAAAUGCGAGACGAAGCAUCCAGAAGGCAAGGAACGGUUGGAGAUAGGGAACAAAAAGUUGGCUCAUCGGUUAGACAAGAAAAAGCACCUAGGGCCGUUGUCUCAACAAAAGACAAUGCCGACAUGGGCGCAUCAGUACAGCAGCAGAAACACCACUCCUUCUCAAAGAACCGAGGCGAAUUGUCCUAUCCGCAUAGAGAACAGGUAUCUGGGAUUGCAGGUUUCCCACACAAACAAUCAGACGAUGCUAGAGAAAUGGAUAAUAACGCAUCCGGUCAUUUUUAUAAGAGACCUUCACAUUCAGGCCCGUUGGCUCCCGGUUCCGGCUGGGCAAGGGGCACGAAAGAAGUUGAUAACGGGCCUACUGUUUCAAACAGAGUGAACCUAUCAAAACUAUCCGGGCUAGUAGCAUCUAGAACUUUAUCGUCUGAAGAUCAGGAGCCAAAGCCAGUUCCGUUUCCCAACAGAAAACCAAUCGAAGUAAGAAAGUCCCUCGAGGCAACUAGCGGGUCCGAGUCAAGAAGAAGGCGUGAUAAAAAACGGAAUGUUGAUCACGGUCAAAUUGUAAAUAGAAGAGUCCCAACCGAAAAAUCAACUCCGGAUGGACAUGGAUCGAGUGGAAACAAGAUAUACAUGUCAGGUCCGUUACUUGCUUCUUCAAACAACAUGGAUCAGAUGCUGAAAGACCACGAUCGUAAGAUCCAAGAGUUUUCAAGACGAGCGAGAGGUGAGAAAGUCCGUGCACAGAGAAAGUAG